AUGACGGGGAACUCGUGGUUCCCGGACAUUCCGCGGAUCUUGCCGCACGAGAAGGUGUAUCCCAUACAGAUAGGGAAUCAGUUAUUCCGUCUCAGGUAUGCAGGAACUGAGAAUUCUAGAGCUCCCUCAUAUUUCUCGCAGUUCUUUGAGCGGCAGUUAGCGACGAUGGAGGAUGGGCAGCAAAUCCGCACGCUAUAUAUCGACCGCGAUCCGGAAACGUUCGGCGAUAUCGCAAGACAUCUACAAGGUUAUCACAUUUCUCCGAGAGACGGCCCGCAUUUCGUACGGCUCUUUGCGGACGCUCAAUUCUACAGUCUGCCAAAAUUAAUCUCGCAACUGUUCGAAUCCGAAAUCUUCAUCUCCAUCGGCUCGCAACACUUCCAGAUCAAUCGUGACCUAUUCCAAGCCCCCGGGAACUCACCCAACUUCUUCACUCUAGGCUUCGCCGUCUUCUUCUCCAAUCCCUCCGAGAUCUUCCCUGGGCUGAGUCGCGAAGGCCUGCUACGACCACCGUCGAUCCUGCCUCCCGAAGUUCCCAACCGUUCAGCGGAAGUCUUUGCCGAGCUCCUCCACCUCCUUCGUGGGUAUCCAGUACAAAUCCGGUCAGAAGAGCACCGCCAGCAGCUCCUCCGCGACUGCAAAUACUUCCACUUCAAAGGCCUCGAGCAGCGUCUGAUUCCCCAUGAAAUCUCCUACAACCCAUCUCGCGGCAAAUCCGAAAUUUUGAUCCGCAUCGAAGACAUCCGGCCCAGCGGCGUCUCCUUCGUCCCUGACAGCUCCGAACCGCGGACCGGAGGGCCCACCUACACCCCGGGAUGGGUCAACUACUCCCGCCCGUUCGUCGACGACCAACCGCGCGAACUAAUCAUCGAGAUCAUAGGGGAGUCCACACGAAUAGACUGGCGCAAUUCACGCGCCGAGUUCACCGGGAUGACGAACCAGCGCGUCUCGGCGCUGCUGCAAGUGGUAACCAAUAAACUCGGCCUCCCAGUUUCGCACGAGUACCCCAUGGGGCUCAAAAUGAUCAACGACCGCAUGAACGGCGCAUCCUCGGGCCCCGCCAGCCCGGGGAAUACUCCUCUGUCCGAUGACAAAGUCAAGAUCCGCAUCGGCCCGGAAUGCUACAUCAAUCUUGACGGCGAGGAGCUGUGGGACCGCGACGGCGUCCCGGUCGUCGAGCUCGACCACCACCAAUAUCCGCCGCCACCACCCACCACCACGGAGUCCGACAGCGACGCGGGGAGAAGCUCGCCCAGCAUACAGUGGCCCUCGCCAUCCCACAGUCGACCACCGUCGGCCAAGCCGCAACAGCAACCACCACCACCUCCGCCACCACCGCCACCGCUACCUCUGCAACAGAACCUGCCCAUACCCCCGUCCCUCACCGCCAACAGCAAGAAGCGCUUAAAGCGCAAGGCUAGCAUCGAGGACUCCCACGAGUGGAUAAUGAAACGUGGGCAGUUCCGGUUGCGCGUGCAGCAGAGUGGCGCGGGCAAGGGGAUGGCCGCGAUCCUCGUAGGCGUCAAGCUCGAGGUGCUGAGUGGCGAGUAUGGAAGGAACUCGAAGAGGGGGUUUUUGACGUAA